CAUCACCGAGGAAUAGAAGGAAGGGGGAGCUAAAUCAUAUCUGGUGCGACACGUUUUAAAUAUUUAAGAGCAAAACUUUAAAUAAUAUGCAUGUAUGGUUUAAAGUUUAUAUGGUUUAAACGGAAUCUGACACGCAGCGAUUAAAAUGAAAAGAUAUUGAGAUGAAAAGUAGAGUUAUGGAGGACACCCCCGCGCGAUGUAAGAGUGGUUCAGUCCAGUGGUGGAAUUCCGAGAAGUGAGAGCUGAGCCUUCAGAGAAGUUCAGAUUCCAGGAACUGCCGAGGGACUGAUUUCUAAGAAAAACACACCAGCAGAGUGUUAGCAUGAGCAGCACAGUGGACGGCUGCGUCCAGUUCAUACGGCACGCAGGAGACGUGCUGUUCAACUUCAACCGCCUGCGCAGCCGGAACAUCCUCACCGACGUCACAGUGAGGGUCGGGGGCCGAGAGUUUCACGCACACAAGACCGUCCUCAUGGCCUGCAGUGGCUUCUUCUACACCGUCUUCAUCAACGCACACAAAACCGACCCCGUGGUGGUUAGCUUGGACGCUAAGGCUGACCCCGACGGCUUCGCCAUCCUGCUGGAGUUCAUGUACACUUCCUGCCUGACCCUAAAAGAGCGCUUCAUCGUGGCCACGCUCAACACGGCCAUUUACCUGCAGAUGGAGCACAUGGUGGAGACCUGCCAGCGUUUCAUGGAGUCCAGGGGUUUGAGCGUGAAGCAGCCGCGAGAGGAACCACUAGCUGGCUCCGCCCACUUACCUCAGGACAUGACUGUUGACUUCCAUGACGUCUCUCCUCCUACAACGCACUACGCAGUCAGCACUCCCCGCCUUCCUCCUCUACCUUUUCCGAUGGGCUCCGUCUCAAACGCCAAGCUGCUUUCCUGGGAAAUUCCGAAAGACUGCCAAGCCGUAACUCGCGGGCCGUGUUCCAACCCGGGAGGAAGUCGAGGCAAGCGUUCGAGUAUGGACCCUGAUGUCCGGAGUGCGAAGGUGGAGGAAGCUGAGGUAGAGAACUCUUCUCACGUGGUCACUCCUCGCAGCCCACUGAAGUCGGACUGCCAGCCGAAUUCGCCGGCAGAGUCGAGCGGCUGCAGUCGAGAAGCCACGACUCCUCCAAAAGUGCGCAACUGGAAGAAGUACAAGUUCAUCGUGCUCAACUCUGCUGAAGGAGAUGAGAAUCCGCUCCGGAAUUCGAACCGAACCCUGGAGAAAUGCAGCGAGACAGCGAGGAAGCAGACGCCUGUCUCCAUGUCCACCCACGCCAUGAGACAUGAGAGCAAGGCCGAGACAAAGACCGAGAGCACUGAUCUGACCUGCGGUGAGUGGGACAAAAUGGAGAACGACUCGGAGAACCAUCAGUGUCUCCAUGAUGGCAAACUGUAUGACUGUGAUGUCCUCAGAACCUCCUUCACCUCCAACCACAACCUCACUAACCACAAAUCUGUCUCUCCAGGUGAGAAGCCAUACCGCUGCGGUGUGUGUAGCGCUCAGUUCAACCGACCGGCCAACCUGAAGACUCACCUGCGCAUCCACUCGGGCGAGAAACCGUACAAGUGCGAGACGUGUGGCUCCGCCUUCGUCCAGGUGGCUCACCUGCGUGCUCACGUGCUGAUCCACACCGGCGAGAAACCGUACUGCUGCUCCGUGUGUAACACACGCUUCCGCCAUCUACAGACGCUCAAGAGUCACCUGCGCAUCCACACCGGAGAAAAACCCUACCAUUGUGAGACGUGCGAUCUACGUUUUAGGCACAAGAGUCAGCUCCGUCUGCACUUGAGACAGAAACACGGCGCUGUGACCAACAUCAAGACCUCUAACCGCUGAAACACUGAUGCAGCAAUUUUUUUAUCUCUCACACACACACACACACACACACACACACUCUAAUUCAGUGGUACGUAUACUGUGGGGUUUAAAUGUCUUGAGUCUACUAAUGACUCAUCACAAAACUAACAUCAGAUUACAAUUCACGAUAUCUGUAUAUAAUGACUGUUGUGAAAUACUCUGUUCUGAUUGGUCAGUUGUGGUAUCCAGGGGUGUGUUUAUUUCUAAAUCUGAGCCGUUCACUGUAUAUAAGAAAUUUUGUUCAUAUCGGCUCCCUGUUGAUUUAAACGCAAACGGUUCUUUAACACUGGAGUGCAGAUAAGUGCUGACUUUAGCUAGUCAAUUCUGUGCAAAAAUAAAAUAUAUACGCAUAUAUAAUAUUUAUAGAGCACUUAUCAGUAUUAUGUGUUAGUUAACAUGUUGGAUAAAUGGUUGGUAGUGCACUCAGACUCUUUAUACAGUCGUAUGUGUAAAGGUUCCGGAUGUUUUAUGUAUUAUAUGACGUGUUUUUAUGACGUUAUAAAGUACACUUAUUUUUGCACUUGUUGAAUGUGGUACAUACGAGGUACUAAAAAUUUACAUUAAAAAAUCCCAAAAAAACUAUUUAUAGAUGUUUUGUAGCUUUUCUGUACAGUAUUUUGAUAUUUAAAAAAAAAAAAAAAAAAAAAAAGUGGAGAUGGGUGUUGUAAUAAAGUUUUUAAAAUAAAAACUUUGGGUUGGAUUUUAUUUUAAUCUCCUAAAAAUAUAAUAAUAUGGUGAUAAACACUCGCCACAUGAAAAUUAAUUCAUGUUUUUAUAGUUUGUAGUUUUAUCGUAUUUUGGCUUAUAAUGUAAGAAUGCAUUAGGAGGAAUAUAAUUUAUUCCUCAAGCUGUUUGUAGUAAUGCUGCUUUAUAAAGGUAUUAAAAUCUAUUCUAUAAUGUUAAUGAGUGUUUUUAAUGUGCACAAGAAACAGAUUAAGUCGUUUACCUUUGCUUAGUUCACUUAGUUUAUACAGAUGUGUCAUUCACGAAAGAGUCAACUCUUUGAAUUGGCUCUUUCAGUUGAAAGUUGGGUUACACAAUUCACGCAAUUCUGAAGAGUUGUUAAAAAAAUGGAGACAGGAUAUAUUUCCAUCUAGACUAUAUUUCUAUGCAUAUUUACGGUUCAUUAAUUCAUUAAUGCCAUUAAUUACAUAGAGAGAUCCAAAACGCAUCCAGUGAAUCAUCGGAGUCGUUUGUGACAGCGUAAUGAUUCAGAGUCAGUUCUACUAAGAUGCGUAAAAUGUGCGUUUGCAUAUCGGAUUAAAUCGACAGGAAUCUAAUUUAAAUUAUAUACUUUUAUGAAAGAUAAGUGCAAGUAGGCUAUAAAAAUACAAAUACAGCAAAGUGGAAAAGUUCUUAUUUGUCUAUUCAUAUAUACAGUAUAUCUAGCUCCUAUAUGGCUUUUUUGUUGUUGUUAUAUUUAUUUAAGUUGUGUUUGAGCUUAUUACAAACACAAUGCAAAGCCUCCUGUAAUGCUCUUUUAAUAAUCACAAGGUAGAGACGGAUUUUACGGACGAAUUUAAGUGAUCGAUUUAACUGGCUGCUUUUAAAACAAUAGCAAUGAACCGUUUGGGAGUCGACUCCUUACUGGUGAAUUGAGUCAAAUAAUCUGAUUCACUGCAAAUUAUUAGAUCAGGGGUUCUUAACUCCUGAGAUUGAACAUUCCUGAUCCAAAUGAUUAGCUGAUUAUUAUGAUGAUGAUGAUUAUGAUGAUGAAACUCUUACAGAGCUGUCCCAGG